AUGGGAAGAAAACGGAGGUCGUCCAAUUCCACCGUCGCAACGGUCGACGAGGAUAGGAUUAAGUACGCCGAAGAGACCAGCGUGCUCAAGCUUCCGUCCCCAGACGAGAAUGAUUGGGACAAGACAUAUGUUCUGGAGGAUGUCACCAUAUACGGCAAGGACGGUCAGCUGGCCGACCUUCUAUAUGUGUCCUUCCUUGGGCCGGUCACUGUACGCGGCUUCAUCAGAGCAGAGGGCGACCAGGCGAACCGAUUUAUCAAGCGCACCACCAAAUCCGCCUAUAUCGAGAUACGAAACUGCGGCACUUACUCGGUGGGUAUCGGCGAAGGUGCAGAGAAGACACCGUGCGUUUGGGCUGCGGGACGCUGCGGUUGGUACGAAAUCCGACCACCGUCGAUCGAGUACACUCCCAUCUACACCAAGAUGGCCGAGGCUGUUUCGCUUUACUACAACAUGCUCGACGUUCACAUGGCGUUCGAAGAACCUUACAGGAGGAAAAAGGGCAAGAAGAUGAGCCGCGCAGAGAUCUAUGAUCGGCUGGACCCGGACACCAUGUUUUUCAAGGUGCGCAUGAUUCCCGCAUACCUCGUAGAUCAAUAUUUGCCGGAGCUGUUUGCCGUGAAUGCCGGGGACGGAUCGGUAUACCAAGAGGUUGUCGCCUCUUGUGACGAACAUGCACCGUUCCUCAUUUCCCAUUUCUACGAAGAGGACAAAAGCUACUUCGACUGGGAGCCGACAACGUUAUUCAAGUGGCUUACAUCGAGGCAUCCGAAACUUACCCACAAAGUCCUGGAAAACGAGAGGAAGAAGCUGAACCCCGCUGUCGUCGGAAAGGUCGAGCCCGAACAGGUUGUGACCAAUAUUGAUGAUCCCCCGGCUCAUAAAUCCCUAGCCAAAUCGACGCAACGUACCUCCGUGCAACCAAAGGACAGUUCCGAACCCGAAGUCGCUUCGCGCGACUUUGCCUCGAAACGGGGCAGUCGCCAAUCGAGAAAACCCGAAGAGACGAUUAACUUGACAAGCACAUCCCCUGCGCCACAGCCCAUGGACAUCGACCCUGGUCCCCCCGUUCCACUCAAACCCGAUGACGAGGGAGCGUCGGCAGCUCCUGUGGCAGGUCGUGACGGUCUUUCACCAGUGGUCAGAUGUCUCGUAGACGGCAUUGAAGAAAUCAGACGUGGCCUGGAUAAACCGACAACUGCCGUUUCCAAAUCCAAAAUUUGGUCAAAAUUAUACUACAAUCACAAGAUCAAGCACUACAACGCGGCACCCGAGAUGGUGGCGUACUAUGCGCCCGAGUUGCUUGCUGAACUGGACGCCCAAUUGUGGGCUGGGUCAAGCUUCUACAACUACCUCCUAGAUGCGGCCAAGAAGGAGCGUCGCCCUCCAGAAUUAUUCCAUCCGGACACUGUCAUAGAACAGCUCGCCAGGCGGGGGAAGAAGACGGUUACCGCUCCCACGACUGAACCGUCUACUGCCAAGCGCCCUUGGGCCGCCGCACACAAUGACUCAACACUCGAGACGCCUCCACGGCGAACACGGGGCCGGCCGUCUGGCAAGACGUCCAGUCUCCGUCCCUCGAGCAAGAGACCCCUCGCCUCAGACGAAGCUUCGGAGUCGAGUUACCGAGCUGCGAAGUCGGCCAAGACGCUACAUAUCUUGGGCGACGACGAGGACGAGGCCUUGGAUGAGGCAGGGCAAGCAGACAUCGCCGGCGACGAACGAGAACCCGAGAAAGCCCCCACCGAAGGCAUCGCCCCGGUCAAGGUCGUCAUCCGGGCCGAGAAGCUGCCGGAUGAUACACCCAAAGGCCCCAACAGCGCAUGGGUCUGCGACGAAGACGACGAAUGUCCCUUUGUUGAGCGGAACCCAGAAGACAGCGAUGGCAGGCAGAGAAUACAACAGCACAUAAAGCAAGUGCAUCGCGACGAAGAUGAAGAUCAGGAGGAGAGAAUCAACCUGGCCAUGUUAGAAAGCAGCAGAGGCCACCUGCCGAUAGAUACAUGGAGGCGCAUCAACCUGUGUGAGCCUGGCCUAGAGUCCAGUGCCUCGCAUGAGACUGUCUGGGAAAUUCUCCCAACUGUCCGCGACCAUUCUCAUCAUACCGAUUCAAAAAGAAAAACCGAAAUCGAAAAGAACAGGCUCUAA